AUGCCUCAGAACGAAUAUAUCGAAGAGUCGAUUAAGCGACAUGGUCGCAGACUGGACCACGCCGAGAAGAAGCGUAAGAGAGAGGCUCGUGAGGCCCACAAGAGCUCCCAGUUUGCCCAGAAGGUCACUGGUUUGAGGGCUAAGAUGUACAACAAGAAGAGACACUCUGAGAAGAUCCAGAUGAAGAAAACUAUCAAGCAGCACGAGGAAAAGAACGCCAAGCAGAAGGAUACGGAGGCUGUUCCCGAGGGAGCUGUUCCCGGUUAUCUUUUGGAUCGUGAGGGUCAGCAGCGCGCCAAGGUGUUGAGCAACAUGAUCAAGCAGAAGCGCAAGGAGAAGGCAGGAAAGUGGAACGUGCCUCUGCCCAAGGUCCGUGGUAUUGCUGAGGACGAGAUGUUCAAGGUCUUGAGAUCCGGAAAGACCAAGGCCAAGUCAUGGAAGCGUAUGGUCACCAAGGCCACCUUUGUUGGUGACGGCUUCACCCGUAAGCCCCCAAAGUACGAGCGUUUCAUUCGCCCCUCAGCCCUCCGCUACAAGAAGGCCCAUGUCACCCAUCCCGAGCUCAAGGCAACCUUCUGCCUGCCCAUCAUCGGUGUCAAGAAGAACCCCCAGUCACCUCUGUACACACAGCUCGGUGUCUUGACAAAGGGUACGGUCAUUGAGGUCAACGUGUCAGAGUUGGGUUUGGUCACAACAGGAGGAAAGGUCGUCUGGGGUAAAUACGCCCAGAUUACCAACAACCCCGAGUUGGACGGUUGUGUUAACGCUCUUCUCCUUGUUUAA